UCUAUUAUUUAAGACAUAUGGAUCUUACACUUACAGGAAACAUGUUCGUGUUGGUUAGUUUGUUCUCGUUGAUUUUCGUCUUAAAUGCCGAAGAUGCUUCAAAUUUGCAAAAUUUGCAAAUUUGUAGCAAAUUUGAUUGUGAAUAUAAUGUACUGCUUAAAUUGAUACAACUUGAAACUACUGUAGCUGACUUAACAGGAAAACUUAAGGAUGCUCAAAGUACUGUAACCGAAUUGAAUAAAACGAUUUCAACAAACGAGAAAUCCACUGACGGUACAACUUACAUUCGCUGGGGUCGUACCACUUGUCCAGAUAAAGCCUUUCUUGUGUACAAAGGCUAUGUCGCCGGAUCACAUUAUACCCACAGCGGAACUGGUUCAAACCCCUUAUGUCUACCAGAAAACCCGGAUUAUGACAAGACUACAGCUGGUUUUCAAACUGCAGGUAGGAUAUAUGGAGCUGAAUAUGAAACAAACUCGUAUCCAAACUGGAAAUACCUUCACAACCAUGAAAUCCCAUGUGCAGUUUGCCGAAUACCACGUAACAACGUUCUUAUGGUGCCAGGAAAAGACCGUUGUCAUGACGACUAUAUUUUAGAAUACAAAGGCUAUCUUAUGGCGGCACGCUAUAGUCAUUCUGCAUCCGAAUUUGUUUGUGUUGAUGGGAAUCCUGAAACUAUAGAGGGAACUUAUCAGGAUAUGAACGGGAGACUGUUUUAUUUUGUCGAAGGGGAAUGUGGUUCACUACGAUGUGAUCCAUACAAAAAUGGAUUGGAGCUGACAUGCGCUGUGUGCUCGUUUUCACCUAAUGCAAAGUCGACAAACCUUCAACCAUAUGUCUAGACGGCUAAACAGGCAGAUAAAUUUCUCUUUCGAGUAAAGAGUAUUUUAGUAGAAUAUCCGAUACCUUUUUAACAAAUCUAAAGCUUUGUAUUGAAUUAAUCACAUAUUGUAGUAUAUGUACUUGAAUAAAAACGACAUAAUAAUUUCUAA